AUGCAUCACAGAACAUCAAGAUAUCUCUUUCUACAUUUGGUUUGCCUGUAUGAUGUCACGAUUGGAUUUAGCAUAUUUAAAGAGAGAAUACCGAACGGCGAUAAAGUAGUUGACCCAUGCGAUAGCAAUGAAAUAUGGACCGGAUUGGGUCACCAAAACAAAGAUGGUGGAGGACUUACAAACCCAUUCGGUCAGGCUUUCAAGAACAAUAACUUUGUAUGGAACAAGACUUUUUGCAUGGAAGAUUCGGACGGGGAUGGAGCAACUAAUGGAAGAGAGCUUGGAGAUCCACUCUGUUUAUGGAAAUUUGGAACCAGUCCGAUAUUCCAACCCCUCGGCCAUCCAGGCGUUUGUGAACCAUGGAGCUCUCCCUUUUGUCGGCGGAAAAAUGCAAAUUGGCUCAACUGUGUCAACCUUCCUGUAGAAUGUGAACAUAUUAGAAUGCGAGGUGUCCGAAACAUGCAGCUUAGAUUGCCACCGACAAAUGUACCUGCACAAGAGACCACGUAUGUGUGUGUGAACCUGGAGUUUCCGUCAGAUAGGGAUUAUCACGUGAUCGCAGACACAGCUUUCGUAAACAACAGCAAUGUUCUGCACCAUAUGAUGUUGCAGGGUUGCUCUCCUGGAGUAACUGCCGCUGCAUUAGCACAUCCUCUUGGUCAAGUUUAUCCCUGCAGUAUGUUGGCGGAACCUGAACUGUGUCCAGAUUUAAUCACUGGGUGGACCCCGGCCAUCAGUGGAAACUGUCACCCUCUCGAAGCGGGAUACAAAAUCGGGCGGACAGGUUCUCGGUAUGCUGUUCUACAGGUGAUGUGGAACAAUCCUACCAUGUCAGCUGGUGAAAUGGAUAGUUCCGGGAUGAUUCUGUUCUACACAUCAAGACUGAGACCUUACAACAUUGGAACUCUUCAAGUGGGAACUAAAAGUAUUCUUAUUCCUCCAGGGGAAAAGGGGUUUGACAUAGAAUCAAAGUGCGAUUCAAGUUGUACCAGACAGCAACUCUCAAGACCCAUCUUUAUCCUAAAUGGGUACAACCAUAUGCAUUAUGCAGGUGCUGAGAUGAGGAUAGCCAUGAGAAAGUUUAGGGAAGUUCAAGAUCAUACAAUCACACAAGAUAUCGUUUACGACUACGACAAUCCUGUCAUACAUACGUUACUAUCACCAGUGGAAAUUAAGCCUAGAGAUGAAAUCUUCACUUCCUGUUCCUAUAAUACAAUGGUCCGGAACACCACGACGUCCUUUGGUCAGACACCGUCGGAUGAAAUGUGUCUGGGAUUGCUUAGCUACUACCCUGCAGAGAAUAUGUCUCCCCGGCACUGUUUGUCAGAGAUGGGGUUACCCCAGUGUGUUCUCAAUGAUCAAACUGCAUUUAUUGAUAGGUGCCCGGUGGUCUCUUUCCCGUCCAGUCAUGAGGCCACUAGCUUUAUGCAGUUGUUGGAUGAUAAUUGCUUUCCUUUCCGAUGCAAUAGAGAGUGCAUAGACGUCGUAAAGAGAAUCAGGAAACAUCCGUGUUUUAUUGGGAAAGUGAAGGAAUAUACAAUUACCCAAAUAGAAAAAAUCCACGGACUGGAAUCUAUAGCACGAUUAAAGUCCUGUGACGUGGAGAUCGCUAGACAAGAGGGACUCUGUAAAAAACCUGUGGGCACGUCAUCGUGUUUCUGUAGCGAUUUCCCGAUGAGACGUGUUAUAUAG